AUGAGCGGGGACGAGAACUCCUCCGACAAGUCUAUGAUCGGUCGCGACGAGUACGAGGCGGAGCGGCAGGACAGAGCUCAUGAGCGAGUCGUCAUCAGCGCCUCGGUGGAGGACCUGAAGCCCGAAAUGGCGGCGAGGUUUGCGGAGGUGCUGGCAGCCGUGCGUGAUCGGGGCGGCGGGGCCGCCGCGGGUGGCACUGCCGGAGCUGCACCAGCGCCCGGGCAUGGGGGCGCGCGUGCAGCUGCCGGCGUGGCGCCGGCGCCCAUGUAUGGGGGCGCGAGCGCGGGUUACGGGCUCCACCGCGUGGAGUCGAGUCCCGGGUUGCUGCAGGGCGCUGGUCGGUAUGGCAGUGGGGGCGGCUUUGGCUUCACUCCCGCGAUUUCGUCUCCGUUUGUAGCGGGAGGCCUUAACAUCGACUCCGGGGGAUACGGGAUGGGAACGGGGCUGUCGCACGCCCAGCGGCGGAUGGAAAAGGUGAUCUCGGACCAGCGGGUGAACGCUUGGAGCUCGGUGAACAGCCGCAUGUGGUGGGUGGUGAUAGGAUGUUGUCCGCCGAAGUUUGAGAAGCCGAGCCUGCAAGGGUUGAUGCAUGAUAGUAUUGAGGUCACGGACGAGGUAGCCGGCAUGCUCUUGAACUUCCGUGGCUUUGACCCUGCUGCAUUCGCGCCCCGGGGGGCGGGUGGCGAACGUAUCCCCAUCGCAACGCAUUUCGGCCUCAUGGCGAGGGCUUUUAUCACCAUUGCCCGCCGGGGGAUCGCCGACGAACCGAGGUUGGCGGCGGCAUCGAAAGCGCAAGUGGAUCGUGUCGAAGCCUCGUUCCAGGCGGCCAUCGCCGACGUGGAGCGGCACGCUCGGGAGAAUUACGCGGCCAUCCAAGUGCCGCACAACCGCCACAUCUGUUUCACGUUCAUCGUCAAAGAUAUGGAAUUUUACACGCGCGACGUACAGAUGUUCGCGGACGAGAUGCAGCGGCGCUUCGUUCUCCCUCCGCCAUCGGACGCUCUCCCGCCCCGCCCCCCUCCCGGUUUUCCCAAACCUCGCGGCGUAUCUCCGGUCGGGAGGGCUGAUCAAUUCUGCUGUGCAAGGCAAGGCCGGCCGUUCGUCGGCCNCCGGUUGACAUGGAAGAGGAACUUGGACUCUGGAGGNGCCCCAGCGAAACGGGCCAAGGUGGGAAUGGCCGGGACGAAGACUCGCAGCACGGCGGAGGGCGGUGCCGGCGGCGGCGCGAAGGACGAUGAUGAGGAAUAG